UAGCUAUAGACAUAGUAUCGAAGUAUUAGAAACAAGGAGCACUAGCUUAUUCCGUGUACGUUGAUUGAACUGUCCUCUGUUACUCAUCAUAUAUCAUCGUCAUCGCUGUUGGAUUACGAAUACGUACAAUUAAUUCGCGGUGAAUCACAAAUUUUUUAACGCUGAUAUAUAUUCGUUGACAUUUCGUAGGGUCAAAAGAGGAUCGUUGCUGAGAGAUAAAGCUGGAAGGCGUCGAUCGAUAAGAAGUGGACACCGGCUAAGGAUGGUCGUUAAAAUCUACGUAUCGGGUAUCAGCGGGAAUAAGGAAGUGAAGAAAAGACAGCAGCGGGUUUUGAUGAUAUUAGAUAGUAAAAAUGUAGAAUAUGAAACCAUCGAUAUAACUGAACCAGGAAAAGAAUUGGAUAAAGAGUUUAUGCAAGGCCAUAGCGUUGGAAAAGACAGUAAAUAUCCUUUACCGCCUCAGAUAUUUAACGAAGAUGAAUACUGCGGGGAUUAUGAAGACUUUGACAUGGCUAAUGAAUUAGACGAAUUAGAGAAAUUUCUUAAGAUGACACCUCCAGUCAGUCCAGAAGAUAUUUCUCAAGAUUCGAAUGCACAAAAUAACGAUAUUCAAGAAAAUGGGAAUACUUCCAGUCGAGAGCCAUCCACAGACAAAGACGCAGCUACAGUAAAAUCAGAAAGCGCAGAAGAUAGAACUAAUUUGCCAAACGACAAUGAUCCAUUAGAUGAAUCCAAAGCGACGGAGCUCGAUGGUGGAACAAAGGAGAACGAAGAAGACGUAGAACAAAUGGAAGAACCCGGUGAUAAAAAUGAAGAGAAAUCUGACGACCAAGAAAAAGAAGAAUAGAGAAUUAUGACUAUCAUUUUUUUAAGGCUGAAUGAAUAUACUGCCACUACUACUUUUCUGAACAACAGGAUUAUAUAUUGAAUGAAGGAUUAUAUUUAAUUGUAUAGAUCAUUCGUAUAUACAAUACUUUUGUAGAGCCAUGUCGAAUUCAAAUCAAAUCUACGUCAAUUUUAUUUUCUUAUUAGGUCGGAUAAGACAAAAUGAAAUUUAUAAUAGUUUAUAGAAAUUUGUAAGUUUUUCAGAUCGUUUACAAUAUAUCUCUCCAUUAUUGUUUCUCAUUACAGUUUUUCAUAUGGAAAGAUAUCAAACAUAUCUUUUGCUCAUUAAUGUCAUUAUAACUAAACAAAUUUUAGAUUGGAGUUAGAAAUAUUUGAAUCCUUUCUUUACGGCAUGCUUUGGCGCGAGUAUCGUUUUACAUAAAUUCACUUAUACAUAUGGGGCCUUUGCAUGAACGACCCAUCUAUGAGUCGAUAGUAACGAAAGGA